GCGCAUGAUCGAGAUGUAAACACAACCUAAAGUCAUCAUUCCCACAGCUUUUUUUCUGUGGACUAAAGCACGAGGAGGGUAAUUACUGGAGGAAUUAAAAAAAGAUCAUCAACACCAAUUUAAUCACUGGAGAUUUUAAGCAACAUAUACUGUUUUAAAGUAGCUCAUGUUACUGAGUUUGGGACAUUUCAGCACUGGACAGCUCUCCCCGCGUGUCUCGAGCUCACAUCGGCGCCCGUCUGGCAUGUGAGCCAGGAAAGUAACCAGCUGGUGGGGGGCACGAGCAGAGAGCAUGGCGGACUCUCCACAGCACCCUCCCCGCCACGACUGCUGCUGCCGCUGCUGCUAAGCCUCAAGAUAUGAGCAUACCGGAGUUCCUCCUGGAAGUGUCCAUCGUGGUGAUAGCUGUCGUCUCGUUGUUGACAAACCUGUCAGUGCUGCUAUGUUUCACCCAGAGCGCCGAGUUAAGAUCCCACGUGCCCGGUAUCUUCGUCCUAAACCUCUCCUUCUCCAACAUCCUCCUCACCAUCAUCAACAUGCCUGCCACUUUCAUCGGAGUGGCCCAAAGAGCGAAUCCCUUCCGAGACUCGUUGUGUCAAGCGAUCAGUUUUGCAGAGACUUUCCUCACCGCUAACGCGAUGCUGAGCAUGGCCGCGCUGAGUGUGGACAGGUGGGUCGCGGUGGUGUUCCCCAUGACUUACUCCAGCAAGAUGCGCUACAGGGACGCGUGUGUAAUCGUGGUGUACUCCUGGCUGCACUCACUCACCUUCUCUGGGACACAGCUGCUCAUGGACUGGGGGGGUUACAGCCACACUUACGCCUCGUGCACCGUUCACCUGGACGCGGGGAGAAGAUCGCAGCUGUCUGCUUACGCGACCUUCACGGCACUGUUCCACUGCGGCAGCUUCGCGCUCUGCCUCCUCGUGCUGUGCUUCGCCUACCUGAAAGUUUUGAGAGUGGCCAGGUCUCACUGCAAGAGGAUAGAUGUGAUUACAGUGCAGACUCUGCUUCUGCUGGUUGAUAUUCACCCCAGUGUGAAGGAGAGGUGUCUAGCUGAGCAGAAGAAGAGGAGUCAUCGUGCCACUAAAAAAAUUUGCAUCUUCAUCGGCACCUUCAUCCUCUGCUUUUCACCCUAUGUAAUAACAAGGUUGGUGGAGUUGUUUCCCUCUGUGCACAUCCCCCAGUACUGGGGCAUGAUCACCAAAUGCUUGUCCUACGCCAAGACCUCCAGCGACCCUUUUGUAUACUGCCUGCUGCGGCAGCAGUACAGGAAGGUCCUGGUUAGUAUCAUCAGCCGGUUUCUGAGAAAGAAUCACUACUUGCUGUCUGUCCACAGCGCCAGCAGCACGCUGGACACCACAGAUGACAACUGCAUUACCAGUAUCACCUGAGCUUCAUGUGCAAAUAUUUAUAUGAUUCAACAACUGCAUCCCUCCUGCAGGACGGUCAGAGGCCAGGGUCUCUGAAGACCAGCAGUCCUGCAGAUUCAAGGGAGUCAGUGUCUUGCACAUGGACACUUUAACACGGGGGUGGACCACAGUGAAGUCCACUGGGAGAACUGUGAAGGACACAUACCAAUGUGUCAUCAAUGAGAGCACACUCAGCCUCUGAUGUGUCCUGAAGGCCUCUGCCGCCUGCACAGACUGUUUUCACAGUUUGCCUGCUGAGGUAUCGCCAAGAAUGACACAGUCCAUGAAGCCCACAGCACCAUGUUCAUUACUAUCAUCAAUAUAAAUGUAGGGUUGCAGAAACAUGGAAUUUGUUACGAAGUGAUCUUGGAAAAAUGGUCAUUCUGAUGAAUGUAUUGAAGCUAAUAAUAAAGUAUUUUAAUUAUGUUUAAAAAUAGGAUGUGUACAGCAACAAUUAAACGAUUAAAGAAUAAAAACAA